AUGGGCAACCUUGCAAGCUCAAAUGCAACCCAAUAUUUAUGCAACCAAAUUUCUGCCCAAGAUGAUAUCCAGAAAAUAGCUGCCCAAGUCCAAGAUACAUUGAUACCAGUAGGGUUUGUAUACACCCAAUUGUCCAGUCAAAAGGACCCUCACGAAUUAUGGCCUACAAUGACCUGGGACGAUAUCACCAAAGAAUAUGCAGGUUUAUUUUUCCGGGCUGAGGGCGGUUCAAGUGCCCCAUUUGGCGAGAGGCAGCAAGAUAAUGCCCCGGUGCUGACCGAAAUUCAAACCGGUAUUGUCAAGGAGAAAGUAGCCACCGACGUCCACACUAAGCUAGGUGAUUGGAGCGACCUAAUUUACGUGGCCACGAGUGGUGGCGGAGAUCACAAAACAUUGCGUUUCAAAAUGACCGAGGGUGAGGUGAGACCUAAAAACGAGGCUGUCAUUAUCUGGAAACGGGUAGCCUGAUCAGUUUAUCCCGUUAAAUGAGUUUAAACUUAUUAAAUGUAUUGCGGAUUAAUUUGUUUAAUGUUUUCAUUGAAAUAAACUCUAAUUUUUGGCAUUAA